UCUCAGUUAGUAAAUAUAGACGAAAUUGUAAUAACAUGUCUGAAUUUUCUGUUAAAUUAAUACUUACCGAUAUUGAAGGCACAACGACAUCAAUCAGUUUUGUUAAGGACGUGCUCUUUCCGUAUGCAAAAGUGCACUCUAAGGCAUAUCUAGAAGAAACAUGGGACAGUGACGAAACUCAGCAUAUUGUUCGAGAUAUAAAGAGUUGUUUACCACAAUAUAAAGAGUUUUUCAGAGUCGGCAAUGAAGAGCCAAACGUCUCUGCCGGGGUUAUAGCGAGUUUCGUAAACUUUCUCAUUGACAAAGAUCUGAAAGUUGGACCUUUAAAAAAUCUACAAGGCUUAGUCUGGGAAAAAGGCUACAUGAGUGGAAAGAUUAAGGGACACAUUUAUGCGGAUGUGCUGCCGGCGUUCAAGAGAUGGCAUGAAGCCGGUAUACCCAUUGCUAUUUACUCCAGUGGCAGUGUUAAGGCACAAAAGCUCCUAUUUGGUCAAACCAUAUAUGGAGAUUUACUACCCUAUAUUAGUGGUCAUUAUGAUACUGCUGUAGGGUACAAGCAACAAAAGCAAUCAUAUGAAAAUAUAGCGAAGGACCUGAAUUUACCCUCCGAAGACGUAUUGUUCCUGACUGAUGUGGUAAAAGAGGCUGAGGCAGCCCGUGAGGCUGGUAUGCAGGUCGUGCUAUUAGCUCGCCCCGGCAAUGCACCAUUAACGGACGAUGAUAAAAUUGCAUUUACAUUUGUUGAGAAUUUUGAUAACCUUAAGAUCAACUUAAAAUAAUAAUUGAGGCUAUUUGACGUGCACGUUUUAUUACGGUCUAAUCUUAUCUAAUA